AUGGAGCACGAGGGCGCAGUUCCAGCAGGGGAAGAAGGUGCGGAGUCGCGUGUUGUCAUUUAUGAAUUAACAGUUAGAGUUCUCCGAUUUGUCGCAAAGCUUGACGAUGGCAGCGAGCGUCAAGUUGCCGAGCAUGAUAUUGAGUUUGAGUCUGAUGGUGAAGUCAUUGAUUGGUCCGCUAUAGCGAUAACUCCUAUUGGUGAUGAUGUAAUAUAUCCUAUAUCCCAUGAAGACAUGUGUGAGGUACUCGGAAUUGAGGAUGAGACCGAGGAUGCUAAACCAGUAAAUGAGCGAGCUCCAGUUGUUACGGGCCAUGUUAGUGAUGAGUUAAUGGCUGAAGGAGCUAUACCAGUUGAUGAUCACGUUCCCGAGGAGAUAGAAAUGUCAUAUGACAAAGAUUAUCCAAAAGUUGAGAAAGGCUCAAUCUUUCCAACAAUGAUAGAUUGUAGGAGGGCUGUGAGGCAAUGGGCAAUCAAUGAAGAAUUUAACCUUGGAACUCAUAGAGCUAAUAAGAGUAUGUGGAUGGCACAUUGUAUGGCCGAGGAUUGUCCAUGGAAAAUAACAUGUCGUUUGAUGGCUGAUAAGGCAAAGACCAGGGUUAACAAGAUAGGGCCGGCACACACAUGUGUUUCAAGUAGCAGAUUAAAUUCAGCAAUGGCCUCACAAGAUUGGGUUCGAGAAAGGUCUAAGAAAAUUUUGAGGAAAACUCCAAACAUUGGUUGCAAGGAUUUACAAGAGAAAUUGGAGGAAGACUGGAAUGUAACCACUGGCUAUGACACUGUAUGGAAGGGGAGAGAAAGAGCAAAGGAUGAGAUCUAUGGGUCUUGGGGUAGUAGCUUUCGAUACCUAUUCAAUUUUAAAGCAGAGAUGGAACUGAGAUCUCCCGAAAGCAUUGUUGAGGUUGAUACUAAACUAUUGGAUGGUAAGGUUUACUUCCACGGAUUCUUUAUGGCACUUAAGCCUUGUGUAGAUGGCUUCCAUGCAGGAUGUAGACCUUAUCUUAGCAUAGACUCAACUGCAUUAAAUGGGAAGUGGAAUGGUCAUUUAGCUGCAUGUACCGCUUUAGAUGGUCAUAAUUGGAUGUUUCCUCUUGCAUUUGGUUUUAUUGAGGUUGAAGAUGAAGAUAAUUGGACAUGGUUUAUGACACAAUUGCAUAGAGCACUAGGUCCAAUUUCAAAGCUUGCUAUAUGUACCGAUGCAUGCACAGGCUUAGAAAAUGCAGUUAAUAAAGUUUUCCCUCAGGCAGAACAAAGGGAGUGUUUCAGGCAUUUGAUGCAGAAUUUUUCGAAAAGAUAUCGUGGUGACAUAGUUGGACGCAUGUGGGGUGCGGCCAAGACACAUAGACCUUCAAUGUUUGAGUACCAUUUCUCCAAGGUUCUAGAAUCUAGCCAAACUGUGGGCAAGUAUUUGCAAGAUUACCAUAAUCUGAAGUGGAUGAGGUCUAGUUUUGACACCGAGAUCAAGUGUGAUUACAUUCAUAACAACCUCGCGGAGAGCUUCAACAAUUGGAUUAAAGGAAUCAAAGAUCUUCCUGUAGAUGGGUUGGCUGACACACUUAAUGGAAAGAUAAUGAAAUUGCUCGAGAAAAGGAGAAAGAUUGGGGAGAAGCUACAAGGACGGAUGCUGCCAGCAGUUGUACAACAAGUGAAUAAUAGAACAAGAGGACUUGGGCACCUGAAAGUUACCAGAUCAAGUAGGUGGAAGUGUGAGGUGAGGGACAUCAACAAAGACAAUUUGAGGCAUGUGGUUAACAUAGAACAGAGAACGUGA